AUGUCCACCUCCCCCAUCCUCCGCCUCUCCACAACCGCCACCCCGCGCGCCCUCCGCGUCUCCACCUCCCGCCUCUCCGUCGUCAUCAGCAACAGCGUGCCGCAACCCUCGACCACGACGACAACCCCCCAACGACGCUCCUUCUCCGCAUCCGCGGCACAGCAGCAGGGCGGCCUCAAGGAAGACGCGCCGCAGGGCGACGAGCAGGCGCAGGUGCGGAGGCAGCGCGAAGGGAAAGGCAAGGGGAAGGGCGAGUGGCAGGAGGGGUUGGCGUCGAACAGCGAGGUGAACGUGCGGGCGGAUAGGGAGGCGGGGGCGGUGCGGGAUCAUGGGGAGCAUAUGAGGGAGUUGCAGGGGGUGGGGAAGGAGAAGGGGGAGAAGGAGAAUCGGGAGGUGUGA